AUGGCAGCUCGUCAGAGUUUGAUUCAAAGAGGUAUGGCCAUCGAUCCCAUUCGCCCUUUGUGUGGUGUUGAGAAUGAAAGUGUCUUACAUAUGCUUGUGCGGUGUGACGAUUCAAAACAUCUCUGGUAUAUCUCCCCUCUUUGUCUGGAGAUUGAGAAGUAUGAGGGGGCUUCUUUUGGGGAGUGGUGUGUUUCUUUUCGGAGGAGGCAUAAGGAUAGGCAGUGGUGGAGUUUGUUCUUAAAUUUAGUGUGGGGAAUUUGGCUUCGAAGGAAUGCGUGGGUGUUUGAGGGAUGGAAAGAGGAUGUGGCUAAGGUUAUCUAUAAAGCGGUGGUCAUGGAGGGGGAGUAUGCUUUGGCUCAGCAGGAUGAUGUGGGUGAUGUAGUUGCCUCGACUUGCUUGCCUAUUCAUGGUAAGUUUGAUGCUGAUAUCGCAGAGGCAAUUGCCAUGAGACACGCUUUGAGCAUUGCCAUUGACUCGGGUUUCAGGAAUGUUUGUGUGGAAACGAAUUGCUUCAAGCUUCAUAGCCAUUUGAUUAAGUGGUGUGCUCGUGCUACUGCAUUUGGGUCAACCAUUAACGAUAUCAUUCAGCUUUCUCGUAGCUGCCAUUCUUAUUGUUUUUCUUUUGUUAAAAGGAACGACAACCGGGUUGCCCAUGCUUUAGCUAAACUUUACUCUUCUUUUGACUCCCUUAGGGUGUGGAUGGAAGAGGUUCCUUCGAAUAUUGCUGAGAUUGUAUUGGCUGACUUAAGACUUUUGAUUGAUUAA